AUGGACAGGCGCGUGCGUGAUUCCAACACGGCUUUCAACCACCCGGACCCACGAACCAGUGCCCCCGACUUUCUGCACCACUACCUGAGCAACCCGCCUUCUCCCUCGUUCCCCAUGAGCCCACCGGAAGACUGGCCUGACCCACCAGAGGACCUCGAGACCAUCGACGCUGAUAUGGAUUCGGUCCACGAUGACUUCCUUCACGACAUCGACGCCCUCUCCAGGAUAGACGUUCAAUCCCUGACCACCUCGCAGUACGACGCCCUCAUCGAGAGCGAGCUGGAGCGCAAAUGGAUCCUCAACCUGUCCAUGUACUUCCGGGAUAAGUCCAAGAGGGAAAAGUUCUUCGUCACCUUCCGUCAACAUGAACACAACUGGCGACGCGUCACCGUCUCGCUUGACUACCGUAAUGCUCCCGAGAGCUCCCUGGAGGCUGACCUCGCUGGCACUCAAUACCAGCGGGACAAGAGCGCAAAGAUCUACGAGGCUAUCCGCGACAGCCUCGCCGAGAUUGACUUCUACGGCACCGUCACCAACCUGAAACUGGAAACAAAAGAAGGGAGAUUGCAUGUUCAUGUCGUCGAGGAUGUCAAUGAAAUCAUCAGCUACCCCCCAGUCCGUAUGAUUGAACACAUGAACUGCAAGAGGGUCAAGGAGCGCGAGAUCCACUUUGACUCACACCUGUCGGGAUUUGUUUACCGGGUCCAAGUUCAUGGGAGGCUGCUGAUCAAGAAGGAGAUUCCGGGCCCGGACACCGUCGACGAGUUUCUCUACGAAAUCAACGCGCUACACCAGCUGUGUCCCGCCAAGAAUGUGAUCGAGUUCUACGGAAUUGUCGUUGACGAUCGGGAAGAGCACGUCACAGGCCUCCUCAUCAGCUAUGCCUCUCGGGGUGCCCUGAUCGAUGUCAUAUUCGACAACGACCAUUCUUUGCCCUGGCCCACACGAGAGAAAUGGGCCCGCCAGAUCGUCGGCGGCUUGUCCGAGAUCCAUGAAGCCGGUUUUGUCCAAGGCGAUUUUACCCUAUCCAACAUUGUCAUCGACGAGAAGUACGAUGCAAAGAUCAUCGACAUCAACCGACGGGGCUGCCCGAUUGGAUGGGAGCCGCCGGAAGCGACACCUUUGGUCGAGAGCAACCAGCGAAUUUCCAUGUACAUCGGCGUGAAGUCCGAUCUCUAUCAACUCGGCAUGGUCCUCUGGGCUUUGGGGACACAGGAAGAUGAUCCUGAUGCAUAUGGUCGUCCUUUGAAGCUCGGCCCAGAGGUACAGGUGCCAGCGUGGUACAGACGUAUCGUGGACGUUUGCCUAAGUACUGAGCCCAGGGACCGCGUCCAGGCCAUCCAGCUUUUGUCGUGGUUCCCGGAGCCGGAAGAGGAAAGCCAGUAUCGCGGGCUCAACGGGUCCGCCAUGUCACUAAAUGGCGACGGAAAUUCCCGCCAGGACUACUUGUCGCCUUCUGGAAUCCCUCGAAUCAAGGCUGUUCACCCGCAGAACGAUUGGGCCUUUGUGGGUUGGAGCAACCAUAACCCGGCGGACGACCCGUUCUAUUAUCCGAGUAGGGGUAGAUCUCCGCCAUCGCCGAUGCCGAGCAACCAAGGAGACUAUGACCCUGCACGAUUUGGACAUCAGAUAUACACUUGGUCGGACGGUUACAACCGUGCGCCCACCGUGCCGUCUGUUAGCGACGUUCUCGCCAGGGAGUCACAGGGGAAAUCGAUGUCGGGGGUGCAGGGCAGCGAGGAGACGUUGGAAACAUAUGCGGAUGGUCCUUACCGAUUCCGGGGUGCUGUGACGGAAACAAGCAAGGAUGACGAAGCCUUUGCGCAACGAGGACGCUCAACGCCGAGGAAACACCAUGAUGGGGAGGCGGAACUGGCGGCGUAUGACGGUCGGGGUUCGACUUUGACGUCAACACAGAACCCAUCGCCUCUACCCCGGAGUUUUGGAGAGGAAGGACAUGCUGCGGGAGAAGCGGAAGGGAAACAGGCCCAGGUGCACACAAAACCCGGAUCACAGGCCGAUAGCGGAAAGGAUCUCACAGAGCCGGCGAGCACCCCGCGGGAACAUCGAGGAUGUUUUACCGGUAAUAGGCAACGGUCCGUUUCUCGCGGUAGGAGCGGUAAAACAUCGACCGAGUCGGCAUCACGACAGAACGCCCAGAAAGGAACAACCAUCACGACAGCCACCGAGAAGUCAACACACGGCCUUCCUCUCGGUGCCAAUAGUCGCAACUAUGACAACGAGUCCCGAACUGACAAGGAUGGACGUCCCCACGGCCACGAAAACGAACUCGGUGCAAAACCCCAGUCACCCGCGCCAGGCUUACCCCCGGUUUCGCAGACGAAAUUUGAGCGGGCAAACGACGACCUGAAGGGUGUGGGCUCAGCUUUGGGCCCUAUCAAUAUCGACGGUUGCGACAAGAAUCGACAGCGUGAGCUUAACAUUGACGAGGAUCUAGGUUCCGAGCUUGAUAAGGGCCUCGGGGAGAUCCAAGCUACCAGUGACAGAAAAUGA